ACUUUCGUCACGCAAACAGUGAUCAUUGGUCGUGUGCGACGAUCGUCGUGUUCGACGACUUAGUCGGUGCUGGUAACGACGCGAGUGGAGGUCAAACGACUGGUGUUGGUGCUGCUGAGGUGCUCAGACGCUGCCGUGAUGGAUUUCAGAAGCUGACAUUCAAACAGUGGAAAACCACUAGCAGUAAAACGGCCAGCAGCAGUUGCAGGAAAAGCGUCGGCAGCAGCAGCAAGGACAGCAACGACGACAGCAGCAAUAGAAGCAGGUGAUUCAAGCUGCGAGCAGGCAGUUGCAGCAACAGCAGCUACGAAAGCUGCAGCAGCUGGCAGCUGCCUUUGCAGCGGCAGCGGUGGCAGCAGCGGCCGCCUCCCCUCUGGGUGGGGUGGGACAUCCACCGCCUGACGUGUGGCAGAACCCUGAGAAGCCAGCAGCUGGUGCUGCGAUACCGGGCUCCGAUUUAAGCACACCACUGCGCCGCAUCGGUCUCACUCCGAGACCAGUGUGACAAUCAUGGCGCGUCUCUGUCUGCUGAUGCUGGCCUGUGUGGCCUCGGCCCUGGCUCUUCACCGGGUGCCUCUGAAGAAGCACGAGAAGCCGAGGAACCUGAUCAGGGCCACGAAUGCCGGCCUGAACAGGAAGUACAAGGCCCUGGGCAACGGCACUGAUGAGGAUCUCAAGAACUACAUGGAUGCCCAGUACUAUGGCCCGAUCGAUAUCGGUACCCCUGGUCAGACCUUCACGGUCAUCUUCGACACGGGCUCCUCCAACCUGUGGGUGCCCUCCAUCCACUGCAAGAUCCUCGACGUCGCCUGCCGCGUCCACAACAAGUACGACGCUUCCAAGUCGUCUACGUACAAGGAGGACGGCACAGAGUUCUCUAUUCAGUACGGAUCUGGAGCUCUCUCGGGCUACCAGUCUAUCGAUACCGUCACCGUAGCCGGCCUGGCCAUCAUCGACCAGACGUUUGCCGAAGCUACCUCGGAGCCCGGCCUUGCCUUCGUAGCCGGCAAGUUCGACGGCAUUCUCGGCCUGGGCUACGACACCAUUGCCGUCAACGGCGUGGUGCCGCCGUUCUACAACAUGGUCAGCCAGGGACUGGUCGAAGAGCCGGUGUUCGCGUUCUACCUGAACCGUGACCCUGAGGCGGAGCUGGGCGGUGAGCUGACCUUCGGAGGUACUGACCCCAACUACUACACCGGCGAGUUCUCCUAUGUGCCCGUCAGCCGUAAGGGCUACUGGCAGUUCAGUAUGGACGGAGUCAGCGUUCCCGGCGCCGAGAGUGAGAUCUGCAGCGGCGGCUGCGAGGCUAUCGCCGACUCUGGCACCUCUCUCAUCGCUCUGCCUUCUGAGGACGCGCGGACUAUCAACCGUGCCAUCGGUGCCAUCCACGUGCCCCUCACUGGAGAGUGGCUGGUGAUCUGCUCCGACAUCCCGACCAUGCCGGCCGUUACCUUCACCCUGGCCGGCAAGCAGUACGUCCUCGAGGCAGAGGACUACGUCAUCCAGAACACGCAGGACGGUCAGACCCAGUGCAUCUCUGGAUUCAUGGGCAUCGACAUCCCCGGCAACCCGCUCUGGAUCCUGGGUGACGUCUUCAUGGGCAAAUACUACACCGUCUUCGACCUCGGCAACGACCGCGUCGGAUUCGCCGACUCCGCCUGAGAUGAAUGUGGCGCAGCUGGUCACAAAUGUACCGUGCUGUGAAUUGAUGUCAUACAACAGUUGACGGCGAAGGAAGCGGAAGUGUUGGAAAGGAAUGUGCUGUGCAAUAUUGCACAGAAAUACAAUGUAAGAAGGAAAA